AUGACUCUCAUCUGCCUAAUAUGUGAAACAGCUGUUUCCCGGAAACAAGCGUCCAUUUUUUGCGGUGGACCGUGCCAAAAAGUGGUACAUGUUUCUUGUGUUUAUGCUGGUACGGUGGACUUACCUACACUUAUCAAACAGAUUCCUGGGCUGUCUUGGAGGUGUAAUGACUGUCUUUCUUCUGAUGUUUCUAUAGAGGAUACAGAUCUUGUUCAACUUGUUGAAAGCAAAAUUAGUCAUGCCUUGGAUUCGAUUGUCGUACAGAUUAAUGAACUUAAGUCGACUGUUGAACAAGCUGUUAUGCAGAAUCCUGGUGCUUCAAGUGUUAACAAACCGAUCUCAUAUGCCAGUGUCUUAAGGAAUAAGACGGUUCCUGCUGUCAUAGUUAAGCCUAAAGAAGCACAAGAUACGUCAAAAACGAAGACUGAUAUUCUACAGAACGUGAAUUUAGUUGCUGAUGAAAUUCAUAUAUCCAAGAUAAAACACGUCAAAGAUGAUGGCGUCCUCAUUGGCUGUAAGAGUGCUGAGGGCAAUCUCAAACUGAAGAAAUUAGUCCAAGAAAAAAUGGUUGGGUCCUAUGAUGUCAAAGAUAUUGGUGGUGUCAAUCCAAGGGUUCGUAUUAUUGGUAUGGCCUCGGAACAUUCUGCUGAACACCUGCGCAAUCAAUUAAUCAAUAUGAAUGAUGUACUUAUUAGUAAUCCGAAUGAUUGUAAAAUAAUAAAAAUUCUUCCUUUCAAACGCGAUAAUGCAAAAUAUCAGGCUGUUGUUCAAGUAGACAAAACCUCAUAUGUGAAUAUGCUGAAGGCAGGCAGAUAA